AAAAAAGGGAUUAUACUUGCCAAGCUUUCACUUUUUUCUCAUCUUAAUUAUUUUUCAUAAUGACUCUAUAUAAGUUUACUAUACACUGUGAUGAAACCAGGGUUAAAGACCAUUCUAUUGAAGUACUCACAGCAUGGAAUGGUUUUCUAUUUUAUGAUUUAAAGUUUAAGAUCCGUACGAGCUCUAACCUGUCUGAUAAUGAAUUUACUCUUUUUUAUAAAGACGGCAAAAAUAAUAUGAUUAUUGUCAGAUCAAGCCAAGAUCUCAUGGUCCCUUUAAAAAAAAUGGAUCCCAAAAGCCCCUUAGUUUUAACAAUGGUUUUAGAUAAGAUAAAACCUGCAGCUCGUCCAACUCUUAAGAUAGCCACUAUUGCUCCUAGUAGAAUAAAUCUGCUACAGUUAAAUGAAACUUGUCAAAAAUGCUUACGGCCGAUUAGAAGCCAGAGACAGCGUUGUUUUUCGGCCCUAAACUAUAAUACCCUAAACUAUAAUAGAAGAACUGUGCCUCAACCUUUUUGCGUUCCAAAACCAAAGGCACACAGACGCAUACAAUGAAAGGAAACUGGUUAUUAUAAGUGCGACAAAUGUUUCAAUUGCAUCAUAUUUUUAAAAUGUUUGACCCGUCUUCAGCGCCGUCAUGACAAAACCCAUACUCUUACCAUAAUUUAAUGCACAUUAUGUAGAUGUCAUCAGCCUUAAUGGCUGUGCCACGUACAUAUCCUUGUCUAUGACAUUAUAAUAAAG